AUGUUUCCCCACGCGACCUGCCUGCUGUGGAGCAUCAACCAGCGGCGUACCGGCGAGCAGAACGAUGAAACCGGUGGUUGGGUGCAUGUGACGGGCGGAACGGAUGCUAUCCACUGUAGCGUACGCGCCUGGAGGAACGAUGAGCAGGUACGUCAAUGUGUUAAAUACAAUGAAUCUUCAACCAUCGCGGACGUCGCCACGGUGGAAACGACGGACAGCUCGAGCUACAAACGACUGAUAUCAACCACAUCUAGCAACGCACCGGCAGCUGCGGCUACGACGACGAUCGUGGCGCUAACUACGCCCACCGCAACAACCCCAACCGUAAUGUUACUGCACGGAGACGGCGACGACGACGAGGGUGCACUGAACGGCCCACGGGCAGCCGCCGCCACAACCACCAACCUGCGAAGAAUCUCCGAUCAAGAUCGACCCCUGUUCGAGGCGCUGAUGGCCGAGGAGCGCGGUGAGCUACCCCGACGGCGGCACGCCUGCACCGGCCGCUUCCUAACGAUGCACAAGCGACGCAGAAAGAAGCUGCUGACGCGCAGUCUCGCCCUCGAUCAAGCCAUCCUGGACGAUGUGCUUCACGGGCAGGUGCAGUGUAUACUCGAUCGCGUGAACCACUGGCGCUUCAACGCGUUCACGCUCGAGACGGUGACUGGUGGUCGCUCACUGCCGGUUCUAUGUGUUCAUCUGUUCCACUGGUACGGGCUGCUGGACCACUUCAACCUAGACGUAGUUAGAGUAUGGAAAUUGUUUAGCUUAAUCGAGGAAGGUUACCACAGCACGAACCCGUACCACAACUCGAUCCACGCGACCGACGUGACGCAGGCGAUGCACUGCUUUCUGCAGGAAAAGCGCAUACUGGAGAAUCUGAGCCCGCUCGAGAUCAUGGCAUCGCUGAUCGGUGCGGUAACGCACGAUCUCGACCAUCCGGGCGUGAAUCAACCGUUCCUGAUAGCGACCUCCAACCAUCUGGCGGCCCUGUACGAGAACACCUCCGUGCUGGAGAACCACCAUUGGCGGUCGGCGAUCGGGUGUCUGCUCGAGAGCGGUGUCGCCGAGCAGGUGCAGGACAUCCGGCCCGAGCUGGAGAAACAGAUCAGCUCUCUAAUACUGGCGACGGACAUUACGCGGCAGCAGGAGUUUAUCGGCCGGUUCCGCGACUACCUGAGCCGGGACGCGCUGGACAUGCGCGACACCACCCACCGCCACUUCAUACUGCAGAUAUCGCUCAAGUGUGCCGACAUAUCGAACCCGUGUCGCCCGUGGGACAUCAGCAAGAAGUGGAGCAUGAAGGUGUGCGAAGAGUUCUUCCGGCAGGGCGAUUACGAGCGGCAGCUGAACCUGCCGGUGACGUCACUGUGCGAUCGGCAGUCGACGACGGUGCCGAAGAUACAGACUGGGUUCUUUAAGUUUGUCGUCACGCCACUGAUGGACGAGUGGCAUCGGUUCCUGCGCACGGACCUGUCCCACUCGAUGAUGCACCAUCUGAAGUACAAUCAGACGCAGUGGGAGAGUAAGCUGCAGGCGGAGAUUAACGAGGAGACGCGCACGGAAAUCUCGGACGCGGAGCUACUGGACGAGGAGGACAUUGAGGGUGGCGACGAGGAUGGUGGGGUGUGCGGUGAGGAUGAGGCAGAUGAGUCGCAUCAUCUAGCCGAUCUGUCCGACAGCUCGGAGGUGCUGCUACCGUUUGCGAUGGCGAAGCUCGGACGAAGAAGUUCGCUCCAGGUGGCGUCCGCCAAUCACGGGUUCGCCGGCAGGGUGCGCAACGAGCGGCGACUUUCCGUACCGGCUACGCACUGCAUCCCGAAGAUCAUCCUGCCGGCGAAGGAAUCUUCGAGCGGGGGACGAUCUUGCGGAGGUUCCGGCGGUGGUGGUGAGUUCACCCUGCAGCCACCGGAAUCGAUCCAGGAGAGUGACGAGCAUCGGUUCGACGCGGACUCACUGUCCAUCUUCUCCUCCGACAGCGACAGCUUACAUCGGGGAGCCCGUGGUUCGUCCACCGGCAGUACCGCGGAUCGUGAGCGACCGCUCAGUGCGGAGAACCUGCUGCCGGACUGCAGUAUCGCCUCCAUGACGGACGGUGCGUGCGGUGAUCGGCUCAAUCUCGUACUGCACGGUGCAGUGAGUGUGGGCAACACGGCCAACCUGCUCACCGUGGGCACCUCGAAACAUCUGAUCCGGCAGCAAACGUUCCCACCAUUGCAGCCCUACGUCCGGACGCGCUACAUGUCCUCACAGGCCGAACUCGGUGCCUGCCCGGAAGCGUUGCUCGAAUCGUCCAGCUCGAACAGUAGCGGCUCAACGAACGCACCGGCAGGCUCGGCCGCACUAUCAAACGUCGAAUCUCGCGGCCGAGUGCUCGCGACCAGAAAGGACAGCAUCAAGCGGGAGCAACAAUCGGACGGGGCGGGCUCGUCCCAGGCGGAUGGUGCCGGCAAGAUAAAGGUACCGAAACUGUCGCUCGGCCAGAAGGAGAACCUUGACCCAUCGAUGUUGAAGCGAAGUCUGAGCAGGCGGCGUGGAUCGGCCCCGGUGACUGUGGCGCUACCCACGAAAUCGGGCGCAACUGCGGAUGCAUCCGGAACCGGCGUUGGGACUGGUGUUGGCAUUGUGGGCGAAAUCGGCAAAUCGUUCAUCAUCAAAACUUGCGAUUUAAUGCGCCGAGGCUCGAUGCCCGUCGACGCUCUCAUGCACUCUAAAGAUCUUCCAUCAACCCAAAGCACGGCUGGCGGUAGUGUGAAUGCCAGCGGUGUUCCUUCCAACACCGCUCAGCUUCCCAACAGUCUCGUCGCACCACCGUACCCCGGUAUGCAGCGGCGUGGAUCUGUGCCCUGUGAAGGCACCAACAAUGUGGCUCUCCGGAGCAGCUUUAGCAUCAAGCGGCGCAGCACGAAAAAGGCGAUCCGGCGGCGAUCGUCCGGUGGUGCCGAAAUUCUCAGCCCCAUCCUGUCCGAGGAUGCGGCAGGCGGCAGCAACGGUGCUGGAUCUUCCUCGUCGAAUGCGUGGUACCGGAUCAAGCGGGAUUCGGGCCACCGGCGAAACGGCGACAACGAGAGUCUUCUGUCCCGGCGGCGAGGUUCCCUACCGGUCGAGGUCCUCGCGAUCGGUUACUCCGGUGAGUGUGCAGUGUUUUAUAACUGA